AUGGAAUCGAUCAUUGCCGGGCGCGAUAACGACGUGCGCCAAAUGCAGCUUGCCGACUACAACUUCCCGGUGGCUUGGUCCCUGAUGCUUAAGCGCUACAACAACCCGCGUCUGGUCUUCGUUCAUCACAUGAGCGCUAUCUUUUCGCUGCCGAAAUUGCGCGUCACGGCCUUAAAAGGGGAGGUACAUCAUUGGCUCGCAUAUCACGCGGCUUCCAGGCUCCCAAAGGAAACCCUCAACGAAUGGGAGCAUCAUCAAGGCAGUAUGCCAACCGUUCCGUCCUAUGCAGAUCUGGAGUCGUUUCUAAACGACCGGCUGGUGGUCAUGGAUGCGAUCGAAAACCAAAGCUUGUCGAACGACUUCAGUCCUGGGCCCGGAUCGUCAGAUGGCAUGCACCGGGUUCGAGUGCACAACGUUCGCGACGAGUCAGGACGCCCCGGCUUAAGUUGUCAUCAUUGCAAUGGCGGUUACAUUCUGCGCCGUUGUCCGGCGUUUCUUGAUUUGGAAGCGUGGAGGCGCAAGGAGAUUGUGGGUAGGGCGAAGCUGUGCAUCAACUGCCUCAGCAAGGCUCAUGCGCUUCCCCGCUGCACCAGCAACAAAGGGUGCCUGGUUUGCGGUCAGCGUCAUCAUACGCUGUUGCACUUACUGAGGGCAGCUCAGCCCGCCAUCGCUCCGCGGGCGCCCUCUGCCUAG